UUAAGAGUGAUUAAGAAUUUAAUUUAACAGCGACUGCCGACUGUUAAUAUUUGACUAUCGAGUGUAUUUAACGAUUUUUAAUUUAUUUAAUUUAGUUAUUUUAUCAUUUUUAUUGUGUUUUCAACUUUUAGUGCAGUCUUGUUCUUCGAUUGCGGUGAAUACUGAAAUGGAGGAAGAUGAAAUAGUUGAAGAAUAUUCAGAUACCUGUCUUUUUGAGCAAUGAUGCAAUGAAAUUAUUGUUGUUACACUAUCCUACGAGAUUGUCCAAAAACGAUCAUUUACUGUCGUCGACUGUUACUCAGUGUAAAUACAAAUCUGAAUGUGAAGAAUUAGAGAUAUCUUAUGCACUUGACACUGAUAAAAAUUAUGAUAAAGGUCAUGGGCAAGAGUUGGCUGCUGAAAUGGAUAAAAUGUCCAAAGAUAAAAGCAACUAUCCCAGCGGUAUGGUUGACCACUUAAGUUUUGAAUCCCACAAUACAUCAUCAAAUACAACUGAUAUGAUAAUGUAUACAUCUGGUAAGAGUAUUCAUUUAUGUCCAUUGAAGAAAACAUUGAACAUGCUUCCUAAAUUGUCUCAUAUUGAUAAGAUCGACCUAAAAGAUGAUAAUAAAAAGUCUUCCUUAAACCAAAAUGAGUCUGAAGAAGAAGAAGAAGAAAGUGAACAGAUAAUGGCAAAAUUUAAAGAUAGGCCAGGUAAAAAAAGUGAAAAGAAAAAAAUGCAAGAGAUGGUCAAACAAAGAGCAAUGGAACCUUGGAUUGAUUUAAGCUUUAUUCCAAAUGGACAUUACUUCUCCAGGGGGGAAUUAGAUAAGUUUUUGUUGCCACAUUCAAAUAUAAUUGAUGAAAAAGAUCCAGGUAUAUCAAUAACCAAAAUUGUUAAAGAAGUAAAUGAUGAAAAUAUUACUGCAAUUAGAGCACGUCAAUUAUCUCGCAGUGAAAUAAAAUCAUAUUCUCUCAAAAAACAAAUAAAAAUAUUUUUAUUAAAUGCAAAAAUGAUAUCUACAAAAAUGUUGAUGGAUCUACUACAUAAAUGCAAUAUGCCAACUGAUGAAAGUGUUACAAUAAUUUUGACUCAUUUAAAAGAACUUGCAGUUUUAGUUCGUGGUAAUUGGACCAUUAAGAGUGAACACUUAUAUCCAGAUAAUACUAUAUCUUCUCAUUUUGGCUUGAGUAAUGAAAUUAUGUGUCUUUUAAGAGAUUAUAUGAUUCACUUAUUGGAUUCUAACCAGAUUGUCAAUCGUAAAAAUAUAGGGAAAAUGUUUAAUGCACCACCAGAAGAAGUUAAAGAUGCUUUAACCUCUGUUGCAGUACUGGAUGAAAACAAAACAUGGAAAUUACUUGUUACCGACAAUGAUGGAUUUUUAGAAACUGUGGAAAAUUAUAAUGAAAUAUGUAAAGAACAAAGUGAUUGGUGGGCAACAAGAGUAAAACAAAUCAAUACAUGGCUUGAACAAAAACCAAAAAAAAAUUGAAUGUAAAAUUUGUUUAUAAUAUAUAAAUUUUCAAUUUUAUUUUUUA